AUGGCUUUGUCCAUAACGGCCAUAUAUCCAGAUAUUAAAAUCAAUGGAUUAAUCGAAGGAUUUUAUUGGUCGAGUUCGAACGCAGUUCAAGGUCAGGCCGAUUUCUACUCGAAACAACAACGUGAUAAUUUGAUUUCAGUGAUGGGUGAAGGUCUAAAUUAUUAUAUUUUUUGUCCUCACGAAACUGGAAAUGAUGCAUUUACAAUGACUCUAUGGAAUGCACAGCAAGUUAUAGAAUGGUCUGAUACUAUUUCUAAGGCUUCGAAUGUUUCAAUUAUUUUCGGCUUACGACCUCGAUGGAUUGAAGAUGUUCAAACAUCGUUGAAAAAAAUUCAAUCGAAAUUAGAACAAUUAGCUUCAGUUGGAAUUCGUUACUAUAUUUUAUGUUGGGAUGAUUCAUCUGGUGCUGGUACGAAUGCGCAAAUGGAAUUACAAAGAGAUCUCAUAAAAGCUCUUACGUAUGUGUGUUCAUUAACUUCAGUUGAACAAUAUCUUGCUCUACUUGUUCGUUUCUAUUGUUUAAUGAAUCUUAAAUUUCAUCCAUGUCGUACUGCUAUAAAUCCUUCAUCAUCAUCAAAGCCUCGAUUUGAACAAACAGAAAAUAAUGAAGCAUCAUUUAACAAUGAUACUAUCAAUAAUGAUGGUGGUGUAACAGUUAUGUAUCAACUAAAUGAUAAUAAAGAAAUAUCAAAUUGGGUUCAAAUGUUACCAUCUCAACCAAUUUCAAUUGAUCCACAAAUAGGGCUGUCAAAUUCCAAUAUAAAAAAUCAAGAGUGUCUCAGUAAAACACCACUAGUUGACCAGAAAAUUUUACUGAAAAAUCAGGAGGAAAAACUAGUAGAUUUGUAUGGAACUGAAGCAACUAUGUGA